AUGAGUCUCUUUAUAGACCCAGAUGAAUCAGAUACGGAUACACCUAAUAAACGGCAGAAGCUUGAAGAAGCUGUCUAUGAAGAGUUUGGUGAUGUGGAAUUCUAUUCAGAUGCUGAAUCGAUAGACUGGGAAGAUGUCUCACUAGGUGAAGCAGAACAAAUCCCUCAACCUGAUUCCUUCAAUAUAUCUAUAUCUAAUGAAAAUCCUGAUAUCAAGGUCAAAAAUGAUAAACUCAAACAAAUUUUAGCAGAGAAGAAGCGCAAACUUUCUGUUCAUAACCUUGCAUUAGUAUCCUACAUAUUGCAUGCUCAUCAUCGAAAUAGGUUACUCAAUCUGAAGCUGGUUCACAAAACAUUAAAGAAACUACUUCCCCAUUCCAUAAUAUCACGAGUUAAAAGACUUAGAAGACACAAUGACAAUGGCCCAGAUGAUUCUGAUGUUCAACUUGUUUAUAUACUUAAGUAUCUCAUCAAAUGGUUCAGGUUGAAUUUCAAGAUUACAUGCAAUGGUCUACGAGUCCUAGGGUAUAUUCCUCCAAAUAAACCGAUAGGGAACUACACUAUCCAUAAUUCCCCAACCUUCAAGAAUGAAAAACAGUUUCUCUCCAUUAUUCGGCUGUUCAAACAUAAUAGAGACAUGGCAGCUCAAAUUUUUACGGGCCUUUUAAGGUGUUUAGGAUUCGAAGCUAGGUUGGUAUUUUCCAUCCCAGUUCUUUCCGCAAAAGACAAAACUUUGCAGCCAAAAUUGAACAGAAUGAAACUUGAUACUAACAAAGAUUAUGACUUGCUAUAUCCAUAUUUCUGGACAGAGUUAGUUAACCCCUUCAACAAAUCAGAACUUUUCGUACUAGAGACAUGCACCUUUCACGAUGAGGAAAAAAGACUUACUAGAGUAUCACGAUAUAGCAAAGACUUGAGGUCAUACGUUCCCAUAUUCUUUCCCGUCAAAGAUCAGUUCAACGCAAUGACUAUGACUUAUGUGAUAUCCCUUGGAGCUAGCAAUCAUAUUCUCGAUGUCAGUGCUCGGUACAUGAAGAAUAUCAGUUACAGGUGGUUUAAACGACUCGAUUUGAGAACAGAGGCAGGCCGGUCUUACUUGUUAUUUCUGUCGAUCAUUCGGGUUCUCAACAACAAUACUCCCCUUUCCGACAAUCUGGAGUUGAAAUCGUUAGAGUAUUUGGGGUUGCAUAAUUAUGAUAUUCCGCAAACUAGAGCGGCGAUCAAGAGAAGUGCUAACUUCGUUACUCAUGCUUCUUUGAGGUAUGACGAGGUGAUAGACAAGGACACCAAACCGAUUAUCAGGGUUAAAAUAGAUGGUAAAAGAGUCCCUGUAUUUCUUAGAAACUCUGUGACUGUUGGCAAGUCGGAGCAGCAAUGGAAGUUCUUGGGAAGAUCAAUUCUACCCGACAAAGUAGACGACUACAUCAAGACUACUCGAGCCUUAUUGCCUAGAACAAUUUCAAGAAAGAGGGUUUACAACUUAAAUGUUCUCAACAACCAACCAGAGUUGAAUGCAGUAAAGUUAUAUUCAUUUUCUCAGACUUGUCUGUAUAUCAAACCCAAGGUUCAAUUUUUGAAAGACCAGAUUAUCCUUCCCAAAAACAAAUUUGGAAAUAUAGAAGUGUUCAAGGAAACUAUGGUUCCCGACGGGUGCACCUGGCUCAAAUUAUCAAAUAUUGAGAGUAUUUUGAACGACAAGAAGAACACUGAUAUCCAGUUUGUUCCAGUUGUUACUGGGUUUUCCUUCACAAAGACCGGGUACGCCAUUCCCACAAAAAAUGGUGUGAUAGUGUUGGACAAUAAUGUCAAGAAAGCUAAAAAGUUCUGGCUCAACUUCAAGAUCAACCAACACAGAAACGAACGCAAAGAGCGGGGAUUUGCUUCUUUGAGGAACUGGAGUGACUUCAUAACUAGAAUGAGGAUUAGGUCGAGACUCAACAGGACCUAUGAGUAUCUAGAUUAG